AGAUUUUCAUUCAAAGUGACUGUUUUCUUCCUCCUUUUAUCCCUUUACACAUAUAAAGAUGCAUGAAAAGCUUAUAGAAUCCGCGCCUGCCCAACGCAACUUGUUUCGAAGACUCGAUCGCUCAUCCACAACUCGAAUCAAUGGCUGAUCCUGAACUGGAAGCAAUCAGACAAAGAAGAAUGCAGGAGCUUAUGGCUCAACAUGGUGUGGGAGGGUCUGGAGGGCAACAACAAAACCCAGAGCAGCACAAGGCAAAUGAAGAUGCCAAGAGGGAGGCUGAAGAACGGAGGCAGAUGAUGCUUAGUCAGAUUGUGUCAGGCGAAGCUCGUGAAAGAAUUGCUAGAAUUGCUUUGGUGAAACCUGAGAAGGCAAGGGGUGUUGAAGAUGUUAUACUGAGAGCUGCUCAAAUGGGCCAGAUAGUUGAGAAGGUAUCUGAGGAGAGACUCAUCUCGUUGUUGGAGCAGAUCAACAACCAAACAACCAAACAGACCAAAGUCACCAUUCAGAGGCGUAGGAGCGUCCUUGAAGAUGAUGAUUAAACUCUAUCCAUGCUUCUAGUCCGUGAGUUUGAUAUCUUUCAGUAAUAUCUUGACGUGCAAAUAUAUCCUUUAUAUUAUUCAGAUGCAACUUUCAAAUUGGUAAAGCAUGCAAAUCCUCGUUGAUGUGAGGUAACAUCACACAAUAUGAGGUACUCCAUGCUGUUUGAGAUUGGUUAAAAGGGUGCAGUUCUUGCAGGACGUUCUUUGGUUUGAAAGAGAGUCAAAUAGGCAAAAGAUGAUAGUAAUGUAUUUUGUGAUAGACUCAGAGUGUGAUGAGCUUAUUCCUUCCUUGUAUCCCUACUCCUAGGAUGUUAAUUCUCCAAUGUACUCUGUUUUCAAUGGAGAAAAUUGGAGCAAAUGUCCUUUGACUUUAGCUCAAUUGAAAUUUCAGUACUUAGAACAAAA